AUGGGUAAAACCACUCUGAUCGCUAGGGUUUUGGAGAAUCUCAAAACUUCCUAUCCUAAUUUGAAAAUACGAUGGUUUUUCACUCAGAUCAGACAAGAAUGCGAGAGGGUAGGGUUUGAGGUGGUUACGUUAGAUGGUCACACUGCUCCACUUGCUUCUAUUAACAAUUCCAGUGUAGAGUCCAUUAGAUGGCCUACUGUGGGAAGAUACAGAGUCGAUGUAGCAUCAUUCGAAUCAUUAGCUUUGCCUGAGUUACAGGUCAAAGAAGAUACAGAUUUGUUUGUGAUUGAUGAAGUUGGAAAGAUGGAGCUCUUCGGUUCAUUGUUCUUCCCUGCAAUGUUACGUGUUCUUGAGUCAAAGAAGAUAAAUCUUCGGUCGUUGUUUCUUCCACCGAUGAAUUGGAGAGAGAGAGAGAGAGAGGCUAGAAUAUGUCUAAAGAUCUUAGAAGAUUUUGGUGCACAUCUGCGCCAAAAAGAAGUCGUAGGUCUGCCGUUUUCAAAGAAAUAA